AUGCUAAAACAAGCUUCCCACAAAAGAUGGAAAACCCUCUGCAAGAACAUUGCCGUGGCAGACGGCCGCUGUGGGAACAUUUUGAAGAGGAUUUACGCCCCGCGACCCCUCAGUACCCCGGCGAUUAAACUUAACAACACGGUACUCACGGAAAAUCAGAAAGCUAAGCACUUUAUCCGCUUAUAUUCAAGACGAGCUCAACGGCACCCACAUUCCUACCCUCCACCGCCCAUUCCAGUCACCGAUACAGAAUUCACCCCCAUUACAGCAGCAGAACUGGAACGAGCGCAGCGUCUCCUUCCUAAAGGGACGGCUGCAGGUCCUGAUGGGAUCUACGGCGAGGCUCUCCAACAUUUGGGACCUCGAGAGCCAAAGCAGAGACCCUCGCCCUCUUCAACGAGAGUCUCCGUACAGGCGUCGUUCCAGUAG